AUGGACUUUGUCUUCUUCGAGGACCCGGCCCUGGAAGACGCCUCUAUCGGAGACCUGAAGCGCCCCUUCCGAGCCUGGUUCAGGGAGGAAAACAUGCCGCGCGGCACGCGGCACGAGUCCUUCAUCGUCGUGGACGACGCUGCGCUGCAUGCCUCCCACUUCAGCCUUGUGCGCAGCUUUCCCGAGGACAGCGAGGAGGAGGGUCGUGAGCACGACAAGAUCAGGGGCCGUGAUAUCGGAACCGAGCUAUAUGAGGCGCUGGGCGACACCAGCGCCCCUUGGAUGUGA